UGAUUCUUCCUCUGUGCUCUUCCCAGGUCAAAGCCUUUGGACCUGGCCUGGAACCUGUCGGCUGCAUUGUGAACAAGCCAGCCGAAUUCACCAUUGAUGCCAGAGGAGCAGGGAAGGCAGAACUCAAGAUAUAUGCCCAGGAUGCGGAAGGCGUCCCCAUCAACAUCAAGAUCAAGAACAAUGGGGAUGGCACUUUCUCCUGUGUCUAUGUUCCCACCAAGGCCAUCAAACACACCAUCAUCAUCAGCUGGGGAGGUGUCAACAUCCCCAAGAGCCCCUUCCGAGUGAUGGUGGGUGAAGGGAGCCAUCCAGACAAAGUCAAGGUGUAUGGUCCUGGUGUGGAGAAGACGGGGCUGAAAGCCAAUGAGCCUACUUAUUUCACGGUGGAUUGUAGCGAGGCAGGACAAGGUGUGUGGGGUUGUGUAUAUACCUGUGUGCUCAUAAGUGGGGUGUAAGCAGUGUG